AUGUCUUCCGGUGUUGUCCAGUGUUCCAGUGUUAUCCGAUAUUCCACGUUAUUAGGUAUUCCGGUGUUGCCAUCCACGUAUCCAGUGUUCAAUGUUUCAGCAUGUCCAGUAUUUCUAGUGUUCUCUAAUGAUCCAGUGUUAUUAUGCCAGCAUUCCAAUAUUAUCCAGUAUUCCAGUGCUAUCCAAUAUUUCAGUGUUUCAAUAUUAUCCAGUUCCAGCGUUCCAAUGUUAUCUGAUAUUACAUAUUUUUAUCCAGUAUCCAGUAUUCCAGGUUCCAGCGUUCGAAUGUCAUCUAGCGUUUCGUAUCCAGUUUUCCAGUGUUCUAGCGUUCCAAUGUAUCCGGUGUUCCGGUUUUGUCCAGUAUUCCAGUGUUCCGGUAUGUUCAGUAUUUCCAGUGGUUCUCCAAUAUUUCAGUGUUGUCGAGUAUCCAGUGAUCCGUAUUCCAGCAUUGCCCAGCAUUCCAUUGUCAUCCGUUAUUCCAGUCUUAUCCAGUGUACUAGUAUUGUUCAUAAUUUCCAGUAUUCCAUAAAUUCCAGUCGUUCUCCACGUUAUCCAAUAUUAUCCAGUAGUAUUGUUGUCCAGUAUCCAGUAUUCCAGCAUUCCAGAUUUCCAAUGUCAUCUAGCGUUCCAGUGUUGCACCAGCAUUCCUGUGUCCCAGUUUCCAGUGUUCAAAGUUCCAGCGUUAUCCGAAAUUCAAGUAUUUCAGUGUUAUCCGGCAUUGUCCAAUAUCCAGGUGUUCCAGUAUUGUCAAGUUUUUCAGUGCGCACAACGUUUCUAUGUUCCAGCGUUAUCAAUAUUCCCGUAGUAUUUUUGUCCAGUAUCCAGUGUUCUAGUGUUAUCCGUAUUCCAGCAUUCCAUUAUUAUCCAGUAUUUCAGCGUUAUCUAGUAUUCCAGUGUUGUCCAGCAUUCAAAUGUUAUCCGUGUCUAAUGUCAUAUUAUCCACCAGUAUCCGGUAUUACAGCGUUAAAAUGGCUAACGUUCCAGUGUUGUCCAGUAUCCCUGUGCUCAAUUUCCAGUGCUUCAAUUAGUAUUGCUAUCCAGUAUCCAGUAUUCCAGUGUUCCGGUUUUCCAAAGUCAUCUAGCGUUCCAGUUUGUCCACAUUCCUGUGCCCAGUUUCCAAUGUUCAAUGUUCCAGUGUUAUCCAAUAUUCAAGUAUUCCAGCGUUGUCCAGUGUUCCGUGUUCCAAUGUCAUCUGUAUCUAGUGUUCCAGUGUCAUCCAUAUUCCAGCAUUCCAAUGUUAUCCGGUAUUACAGCGUUGUCCAGUAUUCAGUGAUCCAGUGUUGUCCAGUGUUCAUAUAUCCUGUAUCCGGUGUUACAGUGCUCAUAUUAUCUAGUAUUUUCCAGUAUUCUAAUGUUCCAAUGUUCCAGUGUUAUCCAGUAUUCCAGUUGUAUUGUUGUCCAGUAUCCAGUGUUCCAGCGUUAUCCAAUAUUAUCCAGUGGGAUUGUGUAUUAUCCGGUCCGGUAUUCCAGUAUCCCAUUGUCUCAGUGUUUCAUAUAUCCAGUGUUUUCAAGUAUUCUAAUGUUCCAAUGUUUCAGUUUUAUACAACAUUAUCAAGUAGUAUUGCUGCCCAGUAUCCAUUGUUCCAGCGUUAUCCAAUAUUCCAUUUCCAGUGCUUCAAUGUUCCAGUGAUAACUAAUAUUCCAGUAUUACAGUGUUAUGAGUAUUCCAGUGUUUUCCAGUAUCCAGUCUUGCAGUGUUGUCUAGUGUUCCAGUGUUCUAGUAUUCUCCAAUAUACCAGUGUUGUCCAGUAUCCAGUAUUCCAGUGUUCCGAUGUCAUCUACUGUUCCAGCGUUGUCCAGUAUUUCAGUGUGCCAAGUGUUCAAUGUUCCAGUAUUCCAGUGUUGUCGAGUAUCCGGUUUUCAGUGUUAUCCAAUAUUUCAGUGUUCCGAUAUUAUCCAGUAUCCAGUGUUCCAGUAUUAUCUAGGGCUCUAGCAUUCAGUGUUGACCGUGUUCUAACGUUCCAGUAUUCCAGUGUUAGUGUUUCAAUGUUCCAAGGUCAGUGCUCCAGUGUUGUCCAGUAUCCCAGUGCAGCGUUGCCCAAUGUUUCAAUGUUCCAGUGUUGUCCAGUAUUCACAGUGUCACAAUGUCAUCCAGUGCUUCAAUUGUUGUCCUGA